AUGAGGGUGCUGGCUGUUGCAAAUGAUUUCCACAUUCCACAAGAGAUUGAAAGGUUGCAGUGUAAGCGUUGCAUCGUGGUUGGGAGUGGAUACCGCAUGAAGAACAGCUCAUUGGGUGAAAUUAUUAAUAAGUAUGACAUAGUGAUCAGGCUGAACAAUGCCCCUGUCCACAAAUUUGAGAAAGACGUUGGCAACAAGACAACUUUACGCUUCUUUUACCCAGAAUCUGCUUUUUCUGACCCUGUGUUGGACAACAAUCCCGAUACGCUGAUGGUACUGGUGCCAUUCAAGAGUCUGGACAUUCAGUGGAUAAAAACAAUCGUAAACAAUGAAAUGAGGAUAAGAAAGGGCUUCUGGAAGAAACCUCCAAUUAUAUGGAACGUGAAGUCUCAGAACAUCCGGAUCCUAAAUCCCUAUUUUAUGAGAAUUGCUGCAACAAGGCUGCUGGGAAAAAAUGUGACAACAGACAAGGUUAUUGCGCAGAAACCGACCACUGGCUUCAUGGCAAUCUCCUUUGCUAUUCACUUCUGUGAUCUGGUACACAUUGCAGGCUUUGGUUACCCAGCAUUUAAUGAUACACAGUCUGUCCACUACUACGACAAGAGUAGCGUAAAUAAUAUGAUGGUAAGCGUCCAUCCAUUAAGCUAUAGACAUAGCUAUAGACAAAAAACUGAAACUUAA